AUGGUAGAUAUCAAAUCCUUCGAUGGUGCUUCGAGCGACUACGGAAGCGAUGCUGGGCCCUGGCAAUUCGUAGCUGCUUCACACUUGGGGCAGUCUCGGAGGCGCGAGAGGGCUGAUCGUCCCCGGCAGGACAAACCCGAAGAGAUUUACAUCGCCGUCAUGGGGAUGACAGGAACUGGAAAGAGCACAUUCAUCUCCCACUGUACCAAGGAAACGCCGGAAAUUGGCCAUGGCCUUAAAUCUUGCACCCAGGGAGUGCACAUCUACCAGUGCCAUCUGUUCGCCGAUGUGAAAGUCUUUCUCAUCGACACCCCGGGUUUCGACGACUCUCAGCGAACCGACACCCAAGUCCUUAAGGAGAUUGCCAACUGGAUGACGAAAUCGUUCCAAAGCAAGAAGCAGCUGCAGGGGAUCCUAUAUCUCCAUCGCAUCUCGGACACACGCAUGGGCGGAACCCAGAUGAGAAACCUCCUGCUGUUUAAGAAAAUAUGUGGCCCAGACGCCCUGAAAAAUGUCCUUCUUGUGACCACGAUGUGGGACAAGACCGGAAUGGAAGAUGGUGAGCGGCGAGAGGCGGAACUUAAGAGCAGAGAAGAACAUUGGGGCUUCAUGAUCGAAAAGGGGUCUCGCACCGUGAGACAUUACAACAACGAGACCUCUGCAAUGGAUAUCCUGGCCGAACCGGGCUUUGGGGCAGACUCACCGGAGGCACAGCCUCUAGCCAUCCAGAAGGAGAUGGUCUACAAUAAGAAGAACCUGGAUGAAACAGACGCUGGAAUAGAGCUGCAGAAGGAGUUCACGGAGCAGUCGCGGAAGCUCAUCGAGGAGAUUAGAGAACGAGAGGUUGAGCAGCAGGAGCAGAUGAAGUUGGUGCUAGAGAGCCGUGACAAGGAGGUUCUGGAGUUUAUCCAUGCGGAACAGGAAAGGAGCCGGGCACGGCUGGAGCAACUGAAGUCUUCAUCGGAAGCUCUUAAAGUCGACAUGCAAAAGAUGCACGAGGAUAAACUGAAGGAGGUGCAGAGUGAGCUGCAGAAACAGAAGGAGCUCACCCAUAGAGUUGAAUCCCAGCUGCUGACUAUGGCAGAGAGGAUGGGAACGAACCACGAGAACCACAGCAAGGCUCUUCAGGAGUGGCAGCUAGUGAAGGAGGACUAUGAUCGCCGGAUUCAAGCGCCAUGCAGCCAAGUCGAUUUAUUUGAACGGGCAGCCCCGCCGGACCCAGACAACCUCGAUGACAACGACUCAGACCCAACCGACGAUGGCGACGACGACCCAGACUCAACCGACGAUGGCGAGAACCGCGAUGAGGAUACUUUUGAAGACGCCGAGGCGCACUACUCAAGAGAUAAAUACAGAAGAUUUAGGCGUCACUUCCUGGAUGAGUCCGUCUGGCGCGUAAAGCUGGGAACGGGGAGUGCCAGAAACAAACGAAUGGCUGAAUUUUGGAAUAUCCUACUCAACCGCAGGUACCUCCUCAGUUUGGCCGAGAUGAAAGGCUCCAGAUACAAGGGUCAGUGGUGGGAAUAUGGACUCAGAUACCAUAAUAUAGACGGCAAGCACUGGAAGGAGAUGAAAGACAGCACUGGCUGGAUCGACUACCGGUGCCGUGAGACGAAUGAACGAUUCAGCGUAAGGGAAAUCCUCCUACGGGACGGCAGACACUCGAGGUGGGAGAGGCGCGUCGACGUGCAUGGCAUCAGAGCCUACUGGUACGACAAGGUCACGGGCGGGACGAGCCAACUGGUGCCUACUGUCUUCGAGCCCGGAAUGUGCCUGAGGGGUGGCUUCAUUCUGGGAGGUGAUUAG